AUGAGUGAACCGAUUAGAAGUAGAGCCGCCGACAUUUCAAAGGCCCCUACACCUCAGAAUACUCCAUCAAGUGUUACCAACUCUUAUUUACGUAACCAACCUCCAACGAUGCCUAAGAUCAACGAAGAGAACUUCGCCAACAACCCUGUUGUUUUAUCUAUGGUGGGCGACAAGUUAUUCCCCUUAGUUGGUGCUCCUCUGGGUUAUAUUGAACUGUUACCUUCGGUGGUGAAGGACCGGGUGUUUGGCUUAAAGAGCAUUCAACAACAACAGAUGACUUUGGAGGCUGAGUUCCAACGUGAGUUGUUGGAGUUGGAGAAACGUUACUUUGCCAAGUACGAGCCCUUGUAUGCCCGUAGAAGACGGAUUAUUGUUGGUGACGAAGAACCUUCUAGUGAAGAGAUCGAACAAGGUAAGACUUUACAAGAAGAUGAAGAGGAUGAAGAGGAUGACGAAGAAGAAGAAAAGGUUAAGGAAAUCUCUGAAGAAGAUGAAGAUGGAAAAGAGGACGGUGAACCCGAAGAAGAACCUGCAAAGGGUAUUCCUGGUUUCUGGUUGACUGCUUUAGAAAACUUACCAACUGUUGCUGAAACCAUCACUGAUCGUGAUAGCGAAGUGAUGCAAUAUUUGGUUGAUGUGCGUAUGGAAUACUUGAAGACUCCUGGGUUCCAGUUGAUAUUCGAGUUCAGUCCCGAGAACACAUAUUUCUCCAAUAAGACCUUAACUAAAACAUAUCACUACCAAGCUGAAUUGGGUUACAGUGGAGAUUUUGUCUAUGAUCACGCUGAAGGGUGUGAGAUUGACUGGAAGACUAAAGAGGACAAUGUCACUAUAAAUAUCGAAAGACGGAAGCAACGUAAUCGUACAACUAAACAAACACGGACUAUUGAAAAGUUGACACCGACCGAAUCAUUUUUCAAUUUCUUUGACCCACCAAAGCCUCCAAAGGUGACUGAAGAAGAUGAAGCGGAAGACACCAAGGAAACCAAGAGCGAAGAAGAAGAAGAAGUGGACGAAGAAGAAGAUGGAGAAUUGGAAGCUCGUUUGGAAUUGGAUUACCAAUUGGGUGAAGAGAUUAAGGAUCGCUUGAUCCCCAGAGCUAUUGACUGGUUUACUGGUGAUGCUGUUGACUUUGGAUAUCCAGAAGGAUUUGAAGAAGAAGAUGAAGAAGAAGAAGAUGAUGAUGAGGAAGAAGAUGAUGAUGACGACGAUGAUGAUGAUGAAGAAGGUGGUCGUACCGAGAAUCCUCCUGAAUGUAAGCAACAAUAA